AUCACCCACCUGUUCCUACUAAACUACUGCUGUGGGCUGGGUCUUCCCCGCUGCCUCUGGUUGUGGGGCAGAGCCUGUCACGAUCACACAGAAAUGGGCUGAGAGUCCGGAGUGUGAGAAAAGCCAGGCCCUGCACGCCUUUGUGGAAGCCCCCAGAGCUACUGGGGUGGGGACAGGGCCCACCCGAGGAAACACAGCCUUUCCUGAGGAAAGCGCAGAGAGCUGUCUCCUUCCUGGCUCCCUUUCCCCUGCAGUCCUGUCUUCCCUGGGGCACAGGGAAAUGCUGAACUAGCAUGGCGCUGGCUGGAUGGGGUGACUGACAGCUCAGGGAAGAAGUCUUGGUUCUCUUACCUGAGGCAGCAGAGGUGGUGCCACUGACUGGGGGCCAGAGAGACCACCCUUGGUAUCAUUGUGUGGUGUGAGGCAUGGCUGGGUGGAGUAGGAGGCAGAGGGAGAGGACACUGCCAGGGUAGGGGCUGGGGCUGGAGGAGGCAGGGGCAGGGCCGGGCGGCGGUGGGGAGUGCUGUGUCCUGGCCUGGGGAGCAUGGCCGAACACCUACCAUGUGCAGACGCUGCGGGGGAGGUCACUCACCCUGCACUGACGGUCUUUUGAGGUAAGUAUGAUAGUCCCCAUUUGAUAGAUGAGAACACCUGGGCCCUAUGAAUCUGCUGAGCUGUUAAGAAACCCCCUCAGAGGCCGCAGCAGCUGGAAAAGUGCAUUGGGUUCAGUGCCCUCACGUCACCCAAGGACGGGGCUGGCUUUAGAGACUCACAGACUUGAAGAUAGGACUGGCCAAGGGCCAUUGUUGUUCAUUCUGGAGAUGGUUUUUACCACAGGCCACACUUCACAGCCUCAUGUGGGCCUUGGGAGCCCCAGAGGGCACAGCUCUGGGCAGGGAACAGGCAGGUGGGCCCCUCCCUCUGCAGGGCGGGCUCGUGUCAGGCAGGGCGCUCCUAGUCCUGUUAUCAGACACUGAAGGGCGACACGGGCAGUGGCUGGCCGUGUCCUGGGCUGACCUUUCACGCUGCCCUCCUGCCUUCCAUGCCUCUGUGACCGCCUUAGAGAGGGGCUGAAGCCACAGACACAGCAAGGUGGGGGUCUGGUUUCAGAAGUAACGAGUGGAAGCCGGUGGAACCCUUAAGCGGACGCCUUCGUGCGGGCGGCUGGAAAAGGGAGGCUGGGCCCUGCAGCAGCCAGACUCCAGGUCAGACACCAGGAAGGACGCACGCCUGGCGCGGAUCCGAGCUUCCCGGGAGGGAUUAGGGCCGGCCGCGGUGCAGGCCGCUUCUUACUCGCGAGGCCGGCCCAGCUCUGCAGCUUCCCUCUCUGGGCCUCUCACUCGCGCAGCACCUCGGUGGGGGCGCGCACGUGGCGGGGCGGCCGCGGGCCCGAACCCGGACUGGCCACCGGGGGCGCCCGCGAGCCGACGCUCUGGCCCGCCCGACCUUCCGGCCCAGCUGGUGGCCGCCGGACUCCGGCGACGCCGAGUCCGCGCACCGUGUGACCCGUACUCCGCUUUGCGGCUCCAAGGGGCCGAGAAGCUGCUGAGAGUCCUGCCCGGCCGGCGGUGCGCGGCGCGGGCAGAGGGCCAUGGGGGGCAGCGUCCCCGCCCCGUUUACCUGCAGCCGCGCAGAGCAUGCCGGGAGCCCCGGGAGGCAGGGGCCCCGCCCCCUUCACCGGAGACCGCGCAGAGCAUGCCGGGAGGCAGGGGCCCCGCCCCCUUCACCGGAGGCCGCGCAGAGCAUGCUGGGAGCCCCGGGAGGCAGGGGCCCCGCCCCCUUCACCGGAGGCCGCGCAGAGCAUGCCGGGAGCCGCCGGCUGCCAGUGUCCGGGCCGCUCGUCCCCGUUUGGUUCCGGGUUCGGUUCCGGGGUGUGGAUACUCCCGAGGCGUGAGAGCACGUGUCCAGACCCCAGCCUGCCCGUCCGACGCUGACUCCGCCCGGUCCCAGAACCAAAGCCAUGCCGGGGCGUAGCCCCUGACCCCACGCGGAGGGGACCUCGCCUUGCGGGACCCCACCUGGAACUCGACCUCCCGGCCUCGCCGCCGGCCCGAGCCGCCAUGCGCGGGAAGCUGCUGCCGCUGGCCGGCCUCUACUUGGUGCAGGGCCUGCCCUACGGGCUCCAGUCCGGCCUCCUGCCCCUGCUGCUGCGCGCCCGCGGCUUCUCUCUGACGCGCGUGGGGCUGGCCAAGGCCCUGUACGCUCCGUGGCUGCUCAAGCUGGCGUGGGCCCCGCUGGUGGACGCGCGGGGCUCGGCGAGGGCCUGGCUGACGCGCAGCACGGCGGGCCUGGGGCUGGUGUGCGGGCUGCUGGCCGGGCUGCCCCCGCCCGGAGCCGGCCGGGCCGGGCUGCCCGCCGCCGUGGCGGGGCUGCUGCUGCUGCUGCACCUGGGAGCCGCCGUGCAGGACGUGGCCCUGGACGCGCUGGCCGUGCAGCUGCUUGAGCCGGCGGAGCUGGGGCCGGGCAGCACCGUGCAGGUGGUCGCGUACAAGCUGGGCGCCGCGCUGGCCGGGGGAGCGCUGCUGGCGCUCCUGCCCACCCUGUCGUGGACGCGGCUCUUCCUGCUCCUGGCUGCCGCCUACUGGGUGGCCGCGGCCCUGGCCUGGGCUGCACCGGCCCUGCGGCGGCUCCCACGGCCGCCCCCCUCGGAGCGGCGUCCCCACACGGUGCGCCUUCUGCGGGACGUGCUGGCCGUGCCGGGGACCGUGUGGACUGCAGGCUUCGUGCUCACCUACAAGCUGGGCGAGCAGGGUGCCAGCAGCCUGUUUCCGCUUCUCCUGUUGGACCGCGGCGUUUCUGCCCCCGAGCUGGGACUGUGGAAUGGUGUGGGUGCCAUGGUGUGCUCCAUCGCUGGCUCCUCCCUGGGUGGGACAUUGCUGGCCAAGCACUGGGAGCUGCUGCCUCUGUUGAAGUCGGUGUUGCGGCUCCGCCUCGGAGGUUUGGCCUGCCAGACUGCCUUGCUCUUCCACCUGGAUGCCCUGGGUGCCAGCUUGGGUCCUGGCACAAUCUUGAGAGGGGCAGCCUUGCUGAGCCUAUGUCUGCAGCACUUCUUGGGAGGCCUGGUCACCACAGCCACCUUCACUGGGAUGAUGCGCUGCAGCCAGCUGGCCCCCAGGGCCCUGCAGGUGAGCACAGGCAGCAGGGACACAGGGACUGCAACUGGCGGGUGUGUGAGCCUGACUCUGACCUCCACACCCUCAGGCCACACAUUACAGCCUGCUGGCCACUCUGGAGCUGCUGGGGAAGCUGCUGCUGGGUGCUCUGGCUGGAGCCCUGGCCGAUGGGCUAGGGCCACAUCCCUGCUUCAUCCUCCUGCUCAUCCUCUCUGCCCUGCCCCUUGUGUAUCUGGGUCUAGCACCCAGCACCUUGCUCUGAGCUGGGCGGCUGGACAGCUCAAUAAAGCCACGUGCUUGUGAACCA